ACAGAGACUUCUACACUCACAGCUGAAGGGAAGGGCAGGAGGCUGGGGCUUCUCUGGUCCACUUCAGAGUCUAUCACCAAGAAAGUUUGCAGGAAUGAGCACAUGGAUGAGGAAAUCGGAACUCAGAGUUCUCUAAGACUCGUGGGGGGACGGAAGAUGGCAAGAGAUGAGGAAAGCACCUAUGGCUCAAAGGAGGAUUCAUGGGCCCCACGGGUGCCCCUACUGAGGCUCAUCUUGGUGGGCAGGACCGGAGCCGGCAAGAGUGCCACUGGUAACAGCAUCCUGGGCCGGAAGUGCUUCCUUUCCAAGCUGGGGGCUGUGCCUGUCACCAAAGCCUGCUCCUGGGACAGCAGGAAGUGGGCCAGCUGGCAAGUGGAGGUGGUGGACACCCCAGAUAUCUUCAGCUCUGAGGUCUCUCAGACCGACCCCGCGUGCAUGGAAACAGCCCGCUGCUUCCUACUGUCGUCGCCUGGGCCUCAUGCGCUGCUGCUGGUCACCCAGCUGGGUCGCUUCACCACUCAGGACAGUCAGGCGCUGGCUGGGGUGAAGAGGGUGUUUGGGGAGCAGGUGAUGGCGCGGACUGUUGUGGUGUUCACACGCAAGGAGGACCUGGCUGGAGAGCCUCUGCAGGAUUACGUGCGCUUCACCAAAAACCGUGCGCUGAGGGAGCUGGUGACUGAAUGUGGGGGCCGUGUGUGCGCCCUGAACAACCGUGCUACCGGCCAGGAGCUCCAGGAACAAGCUGAAGAGCUGCUGGGCCUGGUUGCAGGGCUGGUGAGGGAGCACGGGGGCGCGUACUACACCAACGAAGUGUAUGAUCUGGUGAGGAACCUGCGGGGCGCUGACCCCCAGGACCAACUCACCAAGGUGGCAGAGAUGGUGGCAGCACGGAUGCAGAGGCCCCUGCCCACCAGGCUGCUAACUGGGCUGUGGAAAUGGAUGACAUCCUACAGGAAGGUCAGGAUAUGGGGCGUGACUAUCUUCCUGGGUUUGGUCACCCUGUACCUACUGUACAACAGAACGAUGUCCCAGGCCAUCAGGGACCAGGAUAGCAGAGAACGCUGGGGACCCAAAGCUGGUGAUGUGGAGCCCAGGGGCAUGGGGGAGUGCAGAUUCUCACCUUGGGGGACAGUCUGCGGGGCAGUAGUGUGUGCUGUGCCACAGUGGCUUCCUUCUUUUCCUGAUGGCUCUGCAAGUGGUCUUUCUGUGACAGCGUCACUCAGCAGGCACAGGUUCCCCACUUGCCUACAAUGGACUCACCCUGGUGACUGGAGGCAGCCGCCGGCCCAGAAGAGAAUGGAAGGCCUUCAGAAGAACACAUAUGGAACUAUAGUUGAAGGGAGGAGGGGAGUCUACCAUGCAGCAGAAUCGUACUGGCUGAGGAUCCUCCUAGUGGGCAAAUCUGGCUGCGGGAAAAGUGCCACAGGGAACAGCAUUCUCUGCCGACAAGCAUUUGAGUCCAGGCUCAGAGCCCAGUCGGUGACCAGGACCAGCCAGGCAGAGAUAGGCACAUGGAAGGGGAGGAGCUUCCUAGUGGUAGACACCCCCUCCAUCUUUGAGUCAAAGGCUCAGAACCAAGACAUGGACAAGGACAUUGGAGACUGCUACCUGCUGUGUGCCCCAGGACCCCACGUGCUGCUGCUGGUGACCCAGCUGGGACGCUUCACAGCCCAGGACACCAUGGCCGUGAGGAGGGUGAAGGAGAUCUUUGGGGCAGGAGUCAUGAAGCACAUGAUCAUCCUCUUCACCCACAAGGAAGACCUGACAGAUGAGACCUUGGAUGGGUUUGUGACCCACACUGACAACCACAGCCUGCGCAGCCUGGUCCAGGAGUGUGGGAGGAGGUACUGUGCCUUUAAUAACAGGGCCUCAGGGGAAGAGCAGCAGGUACAGCUGGCAGAGCUCAUGACUGUGGUGAGGAGGCUGGAGCAGGAGCGUGAGUGCUCUUUCUACAGCAAUGACCUCUUCCUUCAGGCCCGUGUGCUCCUUAAUGGCAGCUACAGUGAGGAUCAGGAAGCCUACAGGUGCUACCUGUUGAAGGUGAGGCAGGAGGUGGAGAGGCAGAAGCGGGAGCUGAAGGAGCAGGAGGGCAGCUGGGUAGCUAAGAUGCUUUACCGAGUCAAGACAUGCAUGGGCCCCCACGUUUUCCUUAUUGUGUGCGGUUUGAUUUUUAUUGCCAUCUUAAUUAACUUGUCUAUUACCAAGGGGAACUGAGCCCUUUCAGGUGAUUUCAGCCAUCAGCCCCCUCCUGCAAUGUUCACAAUCUCUGUCUGUUCUAGAGCACCCAAGGUUCAUUCUCAUUUGACUCUCUUGCAUCUGACAGACAGGAGUUUUCUUCUAAAUACCGUUAUGUAAAUAUAGCAUGAAAGAAAACUGUGUUUCUUGCCCAUGACCAUGUCUGAGCAACAGCAGAUGACAAUUCAUAUUCAGGUGUCAGCCUACCAGAAGUUCAGCUCUCUGAUGGGAAUGUCUCAUUCAAGCAAGGCUUAUAGGAAUACAGACUCCAGAAUGUCUUUUGCUUAUGCUGUGCCUUCAUAUUGUUGCUGCUACAUGCUCUUCUCUAGGAUCUGAUAUGAUAUAUUUAUAUGUGGGGAGUCCCCCACUGCCUGUAUUGUAGUGUGUCUAUCUCAUGAUUACAUCUCAAUUUAAACUAUGGAUUGUCAGGAAGAUGCUGUAUAAUUUUGACACAGUCAGAGUCUAUUGAGUUCUACUAAAAAAACUGUUUUAUAUCAUAGCUCAUAUUAUGAUUUAGAAAAACAUUUGAGUCCAAGAGCCAGUCACAAGUUUCUUGUGCAUCAUAAGGUGAUGUUAGGCUUCAAAAGAGCUCUAGAUGAGACCAGAUGCCUUACUAAUGGUUUUUUAGAUAAACAUUCCCAAUCUUUUAGUUCACAAGGGCACACAACUGUUUGGCUAGGUUGUAAAUAAAAAGCCCAAUUAUUGCUAGCUUACAAAUGACUAAGUCCUUGUACCACUCCUAACCUCAAUUUGUGAAAAUAUAUUCUGAUUAGUCAAGGUUACAGAAAAUAAUCUAACUCUGUAGUCCCUAAUAAGGGCUAUAGGUGUUCUUAGAUAAUUAGAAGUUACAUACAAUCUUUACCUUUGGAAUGUGACCUUUUUAUGACUCUUAUAUUGCCUGAAAUAAUUAUUUGCUGUAAUCCCAG